GUCGGUGCUGCCGUCGCUCGCAACGCCUACGCUUUCGUUCUCUGUGUGCGUUUUGUGAUUGCAAAAAGCAGCAAAAGGCAAGAAAAUUAAACAAACAAUUUUCUUCUCGCGUGUGUGGAUGUUUGCUAAGCAGCGCGUCAAAAACAGUUUUCAUAAAAAGCGCCCAAUCAAGGAACAAUUUUCUGUUUUCUUUUCGUUGCUGUUGUUGUUUUUCAUUAACAGUAUUGUUUUUAAUCGAGCACAGCUGCUGGCAACACAUACAUAAGUCAUAGACGCCGCCAACGCCUCCGCCAUGCGCAGCACAAGCAGCAGCGGCAAGAACAACAGCCAAACCAGCAGCAGCAGCAACAACAACAAACACUUUAACAACAACCGAUGAUUGCCUGAGGCAUAAGAAUUCUAUCAGAAAGAGAAAGACAGGGGACCGAGAGACCGAGCACAAUUGAAGGCAAGAUAUCAAAACCCGCCGUAUUACAACCAAAGACGCUGACCAAAAUUAUAUAAAAAUAACCAAAAAUGUUGAUCAAAGAGUACCGCAUACCACUGCCCCUCACCGUCGAGGAGUACCGGAUCGCCCAGCUGUAUAUGAUAGCGAAAAAGAGCCGCGAGGAAAGCCAUGGUGAAGGCAGCGGGGUCGAGAUCAUGAUCAAUGAGCCCUAUAAGGAUGGACCCGGCGGCGAUGGCCAGUACACGAAAAAGAUCUAUCACGUGGGCAGCCAUUUGCCAGGCUGGAUAAAAAGUUUGUUGCCAAAGAGCGCACUGACCGUUGAAGAGGAGGCAUGGAAUGCCUAUCCAUAUACGCGAACACGCUACACCUGUCCCUUUGUGGAGAAAUUCUCGCUGGACAUUGAGACCUAUUACCAUCCGGACAAUGGCUUUCAGGAUAAUGUGUUUCAGCUAUCGGGCAGCGAUCUGCGCAAUCGCGUUGUGGAUGUGAUCGAUAUUGUCAAAGAUCAGCUGUGGGGCGGCGAUUAUGUAAAGGAGGAGGAUCCCAAGCAUUUCGUAUCGGAUAAGACGGGACGCGGCCCCUUGGCCGACGAUUGGCUGGAGGAGUAUUGGCGCGAGGUGAAGGGCAAGAAGCAGCCAACGGCACGCAACAUGUCCCUGAUGACCGCCUACAAGAUCUGUCGCGUCGAAUUCCGCUAUUGGGGCAUGCAAACCAAGCUGGAGAAGUUCAUACACGAUGUGGCGCUGCGCAAGACAAUGCUCCGAGCCCAUCGCCAGGCCUGGGCAUGGCAAGAUGAGUGGCAUGGCCUAACCAUUGAGGACAUACGCGAGCUGGAGCGCCAAACCCAGCUGGCCCUGGCCAAGAAAAUGGGCGGCGGCGAGGAGUGCAGUGAUGACAGCACCUCGGAGCCAUAUGUGAGCAGCGCAACAACGGCCCCAUCUUUGGGCACCAGUGAGCGCAAGAAGUCUGCGCCGGCAUUGCCGCCGAUUGUCACACAACAACCACCGAGCGCCGAGGCCAGCUCCGAUGAGGAGGAGGAUGACGAUGAUGAUGAGGAUGAGAAUGACGGGGUCGGCACUAACGUGGAGCUGGGCGCUGCUCAGAGCAGCAGCAAUCAGCGCUCGCGCUCCCAGAGCAUUCAGUUGGCCAACAAGGCCAAGUUUGGCUCAAAAGGUGCCCUACAUUCGCCAAUUGGAUCUGCACACAGUUUUGAUUUGCAGAUUCCGUUCCAUGAGCUGCCCAAAAAAUCGCAUGCAAAGCCAGCACCACGCAGACAUGUGGCCAACUGGCGAAUGGAGCGUCUUGAGGUGGACUCCAAAUCCAACUCAGACGAGGAGUUCUUUGAUUGUUUGGACACAAACGAAUCGAACUCGUUGGCGAAAUGGAGCUCACUUGAGCUGCUGGGGGAAGGCGAUGAUAGCCCACCGCCGCAUGGCGGCUGUGCUAGCAGCAGUGCUGGGGGCGUUGGCGGCAUCGCUGGACGCCAUAAACAAGAUGACAGCAUAUUUAAUCAGGACUUUUUAAUGCGCGUCGCUUCGGAGCGCGGCAACAAGCGACAGUUACGCUCCUCGGCCAGCAUCGAUCGUAGUCACGAUUCAUCACCGCCGGGCUCACCGAGCACCCCUUCUUGCCCCACCACCAUAUUGAUGCUGGUGGUGCACGCUGGCAGUGUGUUGGAUGCAGCCAGCGAGCUAACCGCCAAAAAAUCGGAUGUGACAACAUUUCGAGGUUCAUUUGAGGCCGUUAUGCGUCAGCAUUAUCCCAGUCUCCUGACGCAUAUGACCAUUAAGAUGGUACCGUGCCCCUCGAUUUGUACCGACGCACUUGGCAUACUGUCCAGCCUCAGCCCGUAUUCGUUCGAUGCGUCGCCCUCGGCGGCGGAUAUACCAAAUAUAGCGGAUGUGCCCAUUGGAGCCAUACCGCUACUGGCCGUGGCCUCUCCAGAAUUCCAGGAAACAGUCAACAAGACUGUGGCCGCUGCCAACAUUGUCUAUCACGAGUUCCUCAAGUCGGAAGAGGGUCAUGGCUUUUCCGGCCAAAUAGUUAUGUUGGGCGACUCAAUGGGCUCCCUGCUGGCCUACGAAGCAUUGUGUCGUUCCAAUGGCAGCCAAUCAAAUGCCGCCAAUCAGACAGCGGGUCACGGUUCGGUUAGCGCUGGCGGCGGCGAUUGCAGCCGCAUAUCCCGCGUGGAUGAUGAUGAGCGUUUCAUUGACUCUGAUUUGGAUGCGAAACGCUUGCUGGUCGCGCCAUCGCCGCGACGUCGUCGCUCCAGUUCCUCAAGCGAUUCACGUGCCACCAAAUUGGACUUUGAGGUCAGCGAUUUCUUUAUGUUCGGCUCACCACUGUCUGUUGUGCUUGCCGCACGAAAACUGCAUGAUGCCAAAGCGGCGCUGGCUCGUCCCAAUUGCCAUCAGGUGUAUAAUCUGUUCCAUCCAACCGAUCCAAUUGCCUCACGCCUCGAGCCGCUCCUAAGUGCACGGUUCUCUAUACUGUCGCCGGUCAAUGUGCCACGCUAUGCCAAAUAUCCGUUGGGCAACGGACAGCCGCUGCAUUUAUUGGAGGUAAUACAAUCGCAUCCGCAGCAUUUUAAUGAUGGCAACAAUUUGCUGUCCAGCAGACGCCUAUCGGAUGCAUCGAUGCAGAGCACCAUUUCGGGUCUCAUUGAGAAUGUUUCGCUUAGUACUAUACACUCCCUUCAGAACAAAUGGUGGGGCACAAAGCGCUUGGAUUAUGCGCUUUAUUGCCCAGAGGGCUUAAGCAAUUUUCCGGCACACGCACUGCCGCAUUUAUUCCAUGCCAGCUAUUGGGAGAGUCCCGAUGUGAUUGCUUUUAUAUUGCGCCAGAUUGGCAAAUUCGAGGGCAUACCGUUUGUGGGCUCGCACGAUGACAAGGACAAUACCACAUCAUUUCAUCCGGGGCAGCCGCGCGAGAAGUGGAUCAAGAAGCGUACAUCUGUCAAGUUAAAGAAUGUGGCGGCCAAUCAUCGGGCCAACGAUGUCAUUGUGCAGGAGGGGCGCGAACAGCGAUUAAAUGCGCGCUUCAUGUAUGGACCGCUCGAUAUGAUAACGCUGCACGGCGAGAAGGUGGACGUGCACAUUAUGAAGGAUCCACCGGCUGGCGAAUGGACAUUCCUAACUACCGAAGUGACCGACAAAAAUGGACGCAUCUCGUACAGCAUUCCCGACCAUCUGUCUCUCGGCUAUGGCAUCUAUCCGAUCAAAAUGGUGGUGCGCGGCGAUCACACAUCCGUCGAUUGCUAUAUGGCGGUGGUUCCCCCGCUGACCGAGUGCGUUGUAUUCAGUAUUGAUGGCUCAUUUACGGCAUCCAUGUCGGUGACUGGGCGUGAUCCAAAGGUGCGCGCCGGUGCAGUCGAUGUCUGUCGCCAUUGGCAAGAGCUGGGCUAUUUGCUCAUCUAUAUCACCGGACGGCCGGAUAUGCAACAGCAGCGUGUUGUCUCCUGGCUCAGCCAGCACAAUUUUCCCCAUGGCCUGAUUUCAUUCGCCGAUGGACUCUCCACCGAUCCGCUGGGCCACAAGACCGCCUAUCUGAAUAAUCUCGUGCAAAAUCAUGGAAUCUCAAUUACCGCCGCUUACGGCAGCAGCAAGGAUAUUAGCGUCUACACCAAUGUGGGCAUGCGACCCGAGCAGAUCUUUAUUGUUGGCAAGGUGGGCAAGAAACUGCAAUCGAAUGCAACUGUGCUCAGCGAGGGAUAUGCCGCCCAUUUGGCUGGUCUACAGGUAGUCGGUGGCUCCCGCCCGGCCAAGGGUAAUGCCCGUAUGGUUAUACCACGUGGCUGUUUCAAUCUGCCUGGACAAUCGGCAAAUCCGCGACGCAGAAGCAACGAGACGGGCCUUUCAUCACCGAUUCGCAGUGGCUAUCUAAAGCGCAAGACCUAUCUGAGCCAUCACUAGGUGCCAGCAGGAGGGAGCUAAGCCAAGAGAGAGAGACAGAAAGAGAAAGGAGUAUCGUAUCUUAGUUUAUAUAGCGCAUAUGCUGAACGAUCGAUAAGAAACUCAACCAGCAACUCCCGCAAUUACAAGCCACAUGCAACUUGAAAUCAACUAUAUACUAUGUAGAUACAUACAUAUAUAUCUCUACUUGUACGCAUCCUAUAUAAAUGUGUAAACCUGCCUAACAAGUGCUUCGCGAACGUGUUUAGAUGACAUGCAACAAUACCCAAUUACCAUCUUAAAUAUAUAUACUAUUGGAUCAGCUUAACAACAACAACAACAACAACAAAACAUGUCAGCAUCGAUGCCACCAUAAACUACAUCUGUGUAUAAAACAUAAAACACUUAUAUUAUGCGCAAUAUAUAGCAAAUUAUAUGGUGUAUAUACAAAAUACAAUAUUCAAAAAAAAAAAAAAAAGAAAAAACCUAAAAAAAAAUAAACUGAAUUGUACAUCAUAUAACAAAAGUCAAAUGUGUCACGCGGUGAGUAGACGAGAUCAAUUGCAGUUAGCUGCAAUUAAUGUAAUUUAAAUAAUAUUAUCUGUCAUUAUUGAGCAUUAAUCAAAAGGCUUUAGUUUCAAGAAUUCAUAUUUCAGUUAGGCAAAAUGCUGCGGAAAACUAUUUUUCAACAGAAAUCCAAUCAGAAUGUAAAUUGUUAAAAAGUCAAUUAUUAUUGUUUUUUUUUUUAGGAAACAACUUAGAAGAGUCUAAAAAAAAAAUAAUGCCUAAAGACAAGUUGUGAUUAGAUACUUUUCCAAAAGUAGUUAUUCAUAUGCAACAAUAAGCUUUAGCUUAAAGAAAAUUGGUUUAAAUACGUUUUAAUUAAAGCCUAUUUUUGAUCUAUUUCUCAGGUACCUGGAAAGAAAGACUGUUUCCUCCUGUUGUUUGAUGGUUUUUCAAACCACUUAAAGAAAAUUACAAAUCACAUAAAAAUCACAAAAAUCACAAAAAAUUGACUAAAUUUUAAGAAGCAGUCGACAUACCUUUAAGUAUGGGUACUGCAAGCCUAUGUGCUAUAUAUUGUAUAACAAAAUUACUAAAAGAAAAAAAAAAAAAGAAGAGAACUCUAUAUAUAUUUACUCUAUGAAACCGUUUAACAUAUGCAAGCGAACAAAGUUCAAUAAUGUGGCAUAAAAUGUGCAAGGACAAAGAACAACUGGGAGAUAAGUACAACUUGGAGAUAAGAUAAACGAGUAUUAUUCAAGAUCUCUAUAUAAACUACUUAAUAUCGCUGGGUUAGUUGUCGGACGUCGAGGUAAAAGCGUUGCAAAAUCAAAUCGCAAAUUCAAUGCAUUUCUUUAACCAAACAAAAACAAAUUAAAAAUCCUGAAAAUAACAAUAUAUAUAUA